AUGAACAAACUAUAUGUUGGGAAUUUAAGUCCUUCGGUCACUGUCGAGGACUUGAAGGAGCUGUUUGAUGAGAAGAAGCUGCCAGUGGCCGAGCAGGUCUUUCUGAAAACGGGCUAUGCUUUUGUGGACUUCCCAGACCAGAACUCGGCCAUAAAGGCUAUAGAGACUUUAUCUGGUAAAGUCAAGCUGCACGGAAAGGUCAUAGAGGUAGACUACUCCGUCCCCAAAAAACUAAGGAGUCGGAAGAUCCAGAUCCGAAACAUCCCGCCUGAUCUGCAGUGGGAGGUUUUGGAUGGCCUUCUAGCGGAGUAUGGUACUGUCGAAAAUGUAGAACAAGUGAACACUGACACAGAAACAGCAGUCGUGAAUGUUACAUACGCAACAAAGGAGGAAGCGAAAGAAGCCAUUGAGAAGUUGUCAGACCACCAGUGUGAGGACUACUGCUUCAAGGUUUCCUACAUCAUGGACAUGGAUGCUGCUCCGGCCAUGCAGACCUCUCGCUCCAGGCGUGGGGGUCGGCCGUCCCGGGACCAGGGUACCCCCCAACCCGGCCCCUCAGGAUGCUAUGGAGGUCCACGCUCCAGACCGCAGGACUUCCCCCUGCGCAUGCUUGUGCCUACUCAGUUUGUGGGGGCCAUUAUCGGCAAAGAAGGUCAAACUAUCAAGAAUGUCACCAAGGAGACACAGUCAAAAGUGGACGUUCAUCGCAAGGAAAACGCGGGUGCGGCAGAGAAGCCCAUCACCAUCCACUCGACUCCUGAGGGCUGCUCCGCUGCCUGUCGGAUGAUCCUGGAAAUCAUGCACAAGGAGGCCAGCGAGACCAAGACGACGGAGGACAUCCCUCUGAAGAUCCUGGCCCACAACUGCCUGGUGGGACGUCUCAUCGGGAAGGACGGACGCAACCUGAAGAAGAUCGAGGAAGACACAGGGACCAGAAUAAACAUCUCCUCGUUAUUGGAAAUGGCCUAUUGCAGCCAGGAGCGGACCAUCACGGUGAGGGGCCUUCCGGAACAAUGCUGCAAAGCCGAGGAGGAGAUCAUGAAGAAGCUGCGUGAGGCCUACGAGAAUGACGUUGCUGCUAUCCAUCAACAUGCACACCUAAUGCCAGGCAUGAACCUGAACACUCUGGGCCUCUUGUCUGGUCUACCCAUGCUGCCUGCUGGAGCCGGACCUCGCGGGGCAGUGCCCCCUGUGCCCUCGGCAGGCUACAACCCUUUUAUGAGUCACCCAUCACAUCUCAGCGGCAUGUACGGGGUUUCUUCAGGAAGUGCCAUCUCCAACCAGCACUCAAACCGUGGUGUGGGGGGGGUUUUGGGGGGGGUUGUUGGGGGGUGGUGUGUUGGGGUUGGGUGGGGGGGGGGGUGGGGGGGGGUGAGGUGGGGGGGGGGGUGGGUGUUGGGUGUGGUUGUUGUUGGGGGUGGUGUGGGGGGGUGGGGGGGGGGUGGGGGGUGGUGGGGUGGGGUGGUGGGUGGUGGGGUGGGGGUGUGGGGGGGGGGUGGGGUGGGGGUGGGGGGAUGUGUGUGUGGUGGUGGUGUGUUGGGGGGGGGGGUGGUUUGUGGGGAUUGGGGGGGGGGUGGUGGGGUGGUGAGGUGUUUGGAGUUGGGUGUGUUUGUGUGUGGUUGGGAUUUUUGUGUUGGUGGUUUGGUGGGUGUUGGGGGGGGGGUGGUUUUUGUUGGGGUUGUGGGGGGGUGGGGUUGUGGGGUUUGGGGGGGGGGGGUGGUUUGGUGUUGUGUUGUGAUGGGUUUGGUGUGUUGUUUGUGGGGGGUGAGAGUGGUGGUUUUGUUUUGGGUGGGGGUGGGGGUGGUGGGGGGUGUUUGUGAGGGGUGGGGUGGGUUGGUGUUUGUGUGUUGUGGUUGGUAUUGGGUUGUUGGGGGGUGGGGUUGGGGGGUGGGGGGGUGGGUGGUGGUUUUUGUGUUGGUGGGGUUUGUGGGUGUUUGUUUGGGGGGUGGGUGUUGGGGGUGGGUGGUUGUGGUUGGGGGGUGUUUUUUGUGGUGGGGGGGGUUGGGGGGGGGGGUGGGGGGGGUUAGAAUGGGUGGGUGGAUUGUUGGUGGUAGUGGGUGGGAAGGGGAGAGGAUGGGGGGGUGA